UCUCUCUCUCAAAAUAUAAUGACUUCCAUCAAUGACACCCAGUUCCAUCCCCCCUUCUUUCACCUGCUAGGAAUCCCAGGACUGGCAACGGUACAUAUCUGGAUCGCUUUCCCAUUCUGUAUUGUGUACCUGAUUGCCCUUGUGGGGAACAUCACCAUUCUCUUUGUGAUCAAGACUGAACGCAGUCUCCACCAACCCAUGUUCUACUUCCUGGCCAUGUUGUCUAUGAUCGAUCUGGGUCUGUGUACGUCCACCAUCCCCAAAAUGCUGGGCAUCUUCUGGUUCAACCAACAAGAGAUCAGCUUUGGGGGCUGCCUUGCCCAGAUGUUCUUUAUCCAUAUGUUCACAGGCAUGGAGACUGUUCUCCUGGUGGCCAUGGCUUAUGACCGCUUUGUUGCCAUCUGCAACCCUCUCCAGUACACCAUGAUCCUCACCAAGAAAACCAUCAUCAUCCUAGCUUCUGUUGUUGUUGGAAGAAAUUUAAUCCUUGUGACUCCAUUUGUGUUUCUCAUCUUGAGGUUGCCCUUCUGUGGGCAUCACAUCAUCCCUCAUACGUACUGUGAGCACAUGGGUCUUGCCCGGUUAGCCUGUGCACCCAUCAAGGUCAACAUUAUCUAUGGGCUCAUGGUGAUUUCUAAUAUCAUUGUGGAUGUGGUCCUGAUUGCCUCCUCCUAUGUACUUAUCCUUCGAGCUGUUUUCCGCCUUCCUUCUCAAGAUGUCCGACUAAAGGCUCUCAAUACCUGUGGUUCUCAUGUCUGUGUCAUGCUGUGCUUUUACACACCAGCGUUUUUUUCUUUUAUGACACACCGUUUUGGUAGAAACAUUCCCCGCUACAUCCACAUUCUUUUGGCUAAUCUUUACGUGGUUGUCCCGCCUGCCCUUAAUCCAGUCAUCUAUGGAGUCAGGACCAAACAGAUCCGAGAGAGAGUUGUGAAGAUAUUUCUACAGAAAUAA